UCCAAAUAAACCACACACUACUCAAAUUCGAUCAGUACUAUUAUUUCCUUCGUAUAUAUAUAAUCAUAUUAUAUAUAUAUAGCCAAGUCUAGUUGCUCUACUUCGUCCAGAUAUUAUUAUGGCUAAUGAAAAUCCUGGAGACGAGUCUGGUCAUAUCACUGAUGAUCAUAUCACAAUAGACAUAAGGCAUUGGGAAUCUGAAUCUUCUGGUCCGAUCAUUUACAAAAUUCCCAGAAAGCUUCGCAAGGUAAACCAAUCUGCUUACACUCCUCAACUUGUUUCCAUUGGUCCUUUUCACUAUGGCAAUGAUCUUUUGAGUGAAAUGGAAACUGUCAAAUCCAAAUACUAUUAUCCCAGUUUUCUUAAACGUUUUGACAAAAUAAUCAAAGAGGAUGAUCUCAAAAAGGUCAUAAAAGAUUGCUCUGACCACCUACGCCGUAGUUAUGAAGGGAUCCCAGCUAAGUUGUUGGGGGAUGAUGAUGAUUACAAACUGUUCGAGGAAAUGAUUCUCAGAGAUGCUUGCUUCAUACUUGAGCUUUUUCUGAGGAAUGUUAGUGACAGCGAGCAAGAGCGUAAGAGGGAUUGUAUCUUAAGAAUUCCAUGGUUGAGGAAAGCUAUCAAGCUUGACUUGAUUUUACUUGAGAACCAAAUUCCUUUUUUUGUUCUAGGAAAAGUAUAUCAAGUUGUCAAAGAACACCUCCCUCCUGUGAAAAUUCCCAGUUCAAAGUCCAGCUGUUUCAGCUCUAAUUGCGAUUCUGUUGAUCAAGGAGGUGUCUGUACAAAUCAUUGUGAUGAUACCCUUAAAAAACUCACCAUUUAUUUCUUUGAAGAGCAUUACUUGACUGAAACCUGCAAAAGGGUACAGCCUCAUCAGAUCAAGGAAAUCAAACACUUCACUGAUUUGCUCAGAGAGUUUUGGCUGCCAAGGGAGUUUAUAUCAAAGAAGAAUCCACAUCAAGACAACAUAGCAGAUAGGAAGUACCUCUACUCGGCCACAAAGCUUGACACAGCUGGUGUGACCUUCGAGCCUGCGCGCAAAGGAACAUGCUUAACUGAUGUGAAGAUCUCUAAGAAGAAGAUUAUUCUCAAGUUCACACCAUUCAUAAAGGGUAUGCGGCUGAAGCUUCCCGAGUUGAAGUUAGAGAAUGACACAGAGAGUCUGUUGAGAAAUGUGAUGGCCUUGGAGCAGUGUCUUUACCCUGAUGAGGACUACAUAUGUGGCUAUGUGGCUCUAAUGGAUCAGCUCAUAAACACUGGUGAAGAUGUUGAGUUUCUUGUGGACGAGAAGAUUCUGACCAACUUGCUUGGGGGUAACAAGGAAGCAGCCAAGUUGAUCAACAGUCUUUGCAAUCAGAUUCCCCGGGAGAAGUCUUACUAUGCUAGUUUUUACAAUGAACUCAAUGCGUUUUAUGAGAAUCGUUGGAAUGUUACCAGAGCAACUCUGAAAAAGGUUUACUUUAAGGAUCUUUGGACUGGUAGUUCUACCGUUGUUGGACUUUUUGUGUUGCUUUUUACAGUCUCUUCAACACUUAAGUAUGUCUACUUUAAACAUCUUUAAUAAGAAUUAACAUGUUUUAGUACUACUUUGGCAUAUGUUAAUUUUAAAUCACUUCUCUGUAAUGUUCGAAUCAAAAUAAAGGUGUGAUUUUUCUUUGUA